CCUCAACUAAAAUGGCGACCGUAGUCGCUUCACUAACGCGUGAACGGUACCUGGGAGGCUUCCGGCGUCGGGCCGCAGAGCAAGACGGGAAACGAUUUUAAACUGAGGCGGCGGCUGAGGAGGCUCGGUGGCCGUUCUCAAAGGCGGGGUGUCAGAGCUGGCCCUCCGAAGGGCUCCGGUGGAGAGGGGCGAGUUGUGACCCCCUGCCCCUUGCUCCUCCCCUCCUCAGGCAGAAGCCGACUCCACAGGAGCGAGGGUCUCAGAGUGGGCGGUUGGUCGCGGAAAGGCCCCUCCCCGGGUGAAGUUGCCGGACGUCCGAAGACGCCGAGGUCUCCUCCCUGCGCGGUUUGUGUUCCUGGUGAGCCCACUUCUUGUGGAGCGAGAGGGAAUUUGGGAGAGCCAGCGGUGCCUCCGAACUCUCCCUUAGCUGCCGUUUUGGCGGCUUUUUUUUUUUUUUUUUUUGACUUAAGGGGAUUUUAGUGUCAACCUCAAAUUUAGGAACCAGACGAAGAAUGAUUCGUGAAGCCGGCAUGGGCGACAGCGUCAUCACGACAUUUUAUUGACCAUGGAUUCUUAUGAGUCAACUCCUCAGCACAUUGCAUCCUCAAGGCUUAAAGAUUACUUUAUAGGUGCCACCCCUUUGCAGAAACGAUUAGAAUCAGUCAGGAAGCAGACUUCAUUUGUCCCAACUCCACCUCGAAGGAAAAUUCCUCAGUGUUCACAAUUACAGGAAGAUAAUGAUCCUCAAAAUGUUGCAUUCCUUCUGCAUAAACAAUGGACUUUAUAUAGUUUAACUCCCCUAUAUAAAUUCUCCUAUACUAAUCUCAAAGAGUAUGCUAGUCUUCUGAGUGCAUUUAUUGCUGCUGAAAAGCAAAAAGGGCUUGCUGUGGAAGUGGGAGAAGACUUCAACAUCAAAGUGACUUUCUCUACUCUCCUAGGAAUGAAAGGAACACAAAGAGACCCUGAAGCAUUUCUUGUCCAGAUUCUGUCAAAAUCUCAAUUGCCAUCUGAGAACAGAGAACAUAAAGUGUUGUGGACUGGUUGGUUCUGCUGUAUAUUUGGAGACAGUCUUCUGGAGACUGUUUCAGAAGAUUUUACCUGUGUCCCCUUAUUCCUUGCAAAUGGAGCAGAGACGAAUACAGCCAUAGUAGGAACCUGGUUUCAGAAAACUUUUGAUUGUUAUUUCAGUCCCUUAGCAAUCAAUGCAUUUAAUCUUUCCUGGAUGGCUGCUAUGUGGACUGCAUGCAAAAUGGACCAGUAUAUGGCAGCUACUGAAUUUCUUUGGUCUGUACCCUGUAGCCCUCAAAGUCUGGACAUUUCUUACGCCAUACAUCCAGAGGAUGCAAAAGCUUUGUGGGACAGUGUCCACAAAACACCUGGGGAAGUUACUCAGGAAGAAGUUGACCUAUUCAUGGACUGCCUAUACUCACAUUUCCAUAGGCAUUUCAAAAUUCAUUUAUCAGCCACAAGGUUGGUCCGUGUUUCCACAUCUGUAGCUUCAGCACAUACUGAUGGAAAAAUAAAGAUUCUGUGUCAUAAAUACCUUAUUGGAGUCUUGGCAUACUUGACAGAACUGGCAAUUUUUCAAAUUGAUUAAAGUCUUGUGGGGACUAUAAAUGAUGGAUUAUAAUACUUUUUUCUCACUGAUUAUUUGCCUAAUUGCUAUACUGAGGGGGCCUGCAGGAGAAAUAUGCAUCUGUGUCUGCAUCUGUUUCCUCUUGGUGCCUUUGGGAUUGCCCAGAUUGAAUUCAGGAAGGAUCUAGAAGAACAAAGAAGGUGGUAGCGAAUGAAUCACAGCCAAGUGCUUGAUAAUAGUCCUGCUGAUCUGGGAUGCCAGUCUCUAGAAAAUGCUGAGUUAUUUUCUUGACCAUGUUUCUAAAAAAAUAUGUAAUGUUUUUUAUAUAAAAAUUUUAGGAUUCAAAUAAGUAAUCUCUAAUAUUGAGUAUUUCUGAUUCGGGUCUUUAAAACCUUCAGUUCCUUUUAAGCAUUUGAGAGUUGGAUCCUGAGAGAAUUUCUGUCUUCAAAAGACAUUUGGGUAGAUUUCACUGUAGAGAGUUGGCAAUCAAAAUCUUCUCCAAAGGAAACUAGAGAUUGAUAUACAUUUCUUAAAGCCACUAAUAUGCUUCUGUUUUUAAUACUUUUCAAUUAUUGUUGCAAUGUUGAAUUAAAUAUUCACUUUUAAAAUGAAGCAGUGUGUUUAUCAGUGUCAUGGUGACAGAUCUUUAAUUAAUGUCUCAGGAAUGAGAAAUUGUAGGCUUUGUCUCUAGCACAAAUGUUACAAGCCAACAAUUAUUUGGAAUCAUACAAAUAGUGGAGUUGAAAGGCACCUGUGAGCCUUUUUUGAGGGCAGAAAUUAUCUUUUACUUUCACAUCCCUGAUUUUGCUUUAACACAGUGCUUGGUAAAUAACUUCAGAUUAAGUGAAUGCAUUUUAACCAACUCUUCCAUUUUAUAGAUGCAAACUAUGAGAUUGAGCAAUUUAGGAGACUUGCCCAAGAUGCUAUAUCUAAAUUUCUUCUUUUAAUUUAUUGAGAAUAGGGAGGUUUUGUUUUACUUUAGAAACAAUGUUUUUAAAAACCUGUCCAAAAGAAAAUAACUUUCAUUUUAAAAAAAAAGUUUUUCUUGUUUUUUUAAAGAUUUUAUUUAUUUAUUCAUGAGAGACACAGAGAGGCAGAGACAUAGGCAGAGGGAGAAGCAAGCUUCCUGUGGGGAGCUUGAUGUGGGACUCGGUCUCAAACCCUGGGAUCAUGACCUGAACCAAAGGCAGACGCUCAACCAUUGAGCCACCCAGGCAUCCCAGUAGACUGUCAUUCUAAAAGUUUAACUUCUGGAAUGGGGUAUUAUUUUACAUAUACCACGAAUAGCAGAGAGAGUGGAAAAAGCAAGGGCUUUGGAGUCAGACAGUCAUUCAUUUAACUGAUAUUAAGCUCUUACAGUGUAUUUAGAAUUGUGUUGAGUAACAGGGACAUCAAUGAAGACAAAGAUCCUUAUCAUGUGGAAUUAUAUUCUAGUGGAGGGAGGCAAUAAAGAAAAUAAGGCAAUACAUUAUGGAAAGGGGUGACUUUAUACAGUUAUCAAAGAAGGUCUCUCUGAGGAAGUGACAUUUGAGCUGAGUCCUGAAUGAUGACAGCUAUAUGAAGAUGCAUGGAAGGGUAUGGUAGGCAGGUGAAAUGAUAAGAUCACAGGUCUUGACAUCGGUAAGAACUUGGCUUAUUUGAGGAAUAAAGGAAGUCUGUGUGGCUGGAGCAUAGUGAGUAAGGGUGGAGUAGUAUUAGAUGAAAUUGAAGAGAUUAUGCAGCAGAGACUUACUCCAUUGGUUAUGUCUCCCAGUUUUUGACUGGGCAUGUGGCUGUCCGGAAUAAAGACCUUUACGGGCCUUUCUCAGAGCUAGGUAUAGUCCUAUGACUAAGUUCUGACCCAUGGCCUCUGAAUGGAAGGGUCAUAUAGAGCUUCCGGGAAUCUUCCUUAAAAAGUAGGCAUGUACCCUUUGCCUUUUUCUUACUCUUCUUCCAUCUUUUCUGCUUGAAACACAUGUAAUGACUAGCCAUUCUUUUUGGUCAUGGGGAUGCAGGUCAGGUCAUAGGGGUUGGUAGAGCAUGGUCUGGAAGGAGUUUGUGCCUUGAGUAUUUCUUGAAGCUGAACCUCAUUGCCACCCUUGGGUGGUCUUCCUCUAAACUUAUGUAUCAAAGAAGUAACCUUUCUUUUUUUUUUUUGAGAGGGAGGCAUAUAGGGGCAGAGAGAGAAUCUUAAGCAGACUGCACCUCCAGCAUGGAGCCUGUCAUGGGGUUUGCUCUCACAACCCUGAGAUCAUGACCUGAGCUGAAAUCAAGGAUUAGUGCUUAACUGACUAAGCUACCCAGGUGUCCCAGAGAAGUAAUUUUUCAUUUUGUGUAAGCUAAUGUUAUUUUGUUAUUAGUCAAACCUAAUCCUGAUAGAAGGAGGCAGGAUCUACAUCAUCUUAAGUUUUUGUCAAUGCUGUAAAAAGACUGAAUUUUAUUCUAAAUGGAGUGGGAAGCCAUUGAAGUUUUAAGCAGGAGAGUAAUACUACCUAAUCUGUAUUUCUUAAGAUAUAAGGGAGAAUGAGUUAUAGGUGGAUAAGAGUGAAAGGGAAACAGUUAAAAGAUUGUUAGAAAUGGUACAACCUCUCUGUGGAGAAAUUAGCAAUAUCUAGCAAAAUUAUGUAGCAUUUACCCUUUGACCAGCAAUCCCACUUCUAGCAUUCUAUUUCCAAAACUUAGCAGCAAAGUAGAAAUGAAGCUUGUAUAAGGCUGUCUAUUGCAAUAGUAUUUGUAGUAGCAAGACAAAAAAUCGAAAUGCCUAUCAAAGGGGGAUUGCUUGAAUACAUUAUGGUGUUUGCUGUACAGUGAAUUACUGCUAUGUAACUAUAAAAAGGUUUGAGAAAGAUGUCUAAUACUGCCAUGAAGUGAUCUUGAUCUCUAAGAUACGUUGUUGAGAGAGCAACAUGUGGACAGUGUAUCUAUAGUAUGCUAUCUUUUAUGGAAGGAAUGGGUGAAAUAUGAGCAUGUGUAUUUCUUUAUGCUUCCAAAAAACAAUGGGAGGAUAAACCAAAAACUAAUAAAAGUGGUUACUAAUUUGGGGGAAGAAAGGAACUGGGUACAGGGGACAGGAAUGAAAGUUAAUACUUAUGUCCCUGUUUACAGUUUGUUAUGUAAGCGUUUUAUAUAAUUACAAAACAAAAUUGGAUCAAAAAGAAAAAGCAAUCCUUCAAAGUUGAAAACAUAAAAACUAUAUUAAGUUCAUAUGAUAAUCACUCAAGGGAUUAUUUUUAGUAUCUUUAAAUCCUAGUAUUUUGACUGUACAUUGUCAGCUUUAUCUUAGGAAAAGAAGAGUGGCAAAGGAAUGUAUGUUGUAUUUACAUUGUUAUUGGUAUUCCUUGUUAUUGGUAUUAUUGUUUUACCAUCGUUUGUAAUAAGAUAAAGCUUAAAACAAUGUUAUGAAUCAAGAGUUGGAGCAUAAUAGAAAAGCUACACAAUUAUAAAAUAAAGCUAAGUAGACACUAGGUGUUGUAUGUUGGCAAAUUGAAUUUAAAUUAAAAAAUGUAAAAAAAUGAAAAUAAAAUAAUGCUAAGUAGAAACAAUGUAAUGUUAAAUUUGAAUUGGAAAUAGCAGAGUGAACUGAUUUAUUUUCAAAAUGUAAAAGUUUUUAAUUUUGAUGGAAGUCCAGUUUAUCAAUUAUUUUCUUUUAUUUCUUAUGCCUUUGAUAUUAUGUCUAAGAAAUCAUUGCUUAAUCUGAGGUCCCAAAGAGUUAUUACUCUUAUGUUUUUCUAAGGAUCUUAUAAUCUUAGUUUUAAGUCUAGGUCUGUAAUCCAUCUUGAGUUUUUUAUAUAUGGGAUGAGGUAAGCAUCCAAAUCCAUCUUUUUGGAUAUGGAUAUUCAUUUAUUCUAGUACCAUUUAUUGAAAAGACCGUUUUCCCCUGUCACCUUUCUUAAAAAUCAUUUGGCAGUAGAUGAUUAUUUUUGGACUCUUAAUUCUGUUUCAUUGAUGUCAGUCCUUAUGCCAAUACCACACUGUCUUGAUUACUGUAGCUUUGUAGUGCAUUUUGAAAUCGGGGAAUGUGAGUCUUCUAGACUUUCCUUUUUUUCCAAGAUUGUUUUGGUUAUUAUGGGUCUUUUACAUUUUUAAAUAAUUUUAGGAUCAGCUGGUCAAUUUCUGUAAAAAAAAAAAAAUUAGCUGGGAUUUUGAUAGUUCCUGUGUUCAAUCUGUAGAUCAAUUUAGGGAGUACUGCCACCAUAAUAAUACUUAGUAUCUAAUAUAUGAACAUGGGAUAUAUUUCCAUUUAUUUCAAAAUUUCCUUCAACAGUGUUUUAUAGUUUUCAGCAUACAAAUAUUGCACUUUUUGGGUUAAAUUUAUUCCUAAGUAUUUAUUUCAUGGUAUUGAGGAUGGAAAGAAAUUUUUUCAAAAUAAGUGAAAGUUACUUUAUUUUGGAUAGGUAAGUAGCCAGGGAAUUUCCGAGUAGAGUUACAUGACCAUCCAUACUAGAUAGUGACAGUAAAAUUUUACGUUUUCUGUUUUUGAAGAUACACCUUUCAAAAAUAUGCUUGCACUUUUAUACUUUUGGAAUUGCUUUCUUAAUUUCAUUUUUGGAUUGUUUGUUGUAUAUAUUGCUCUUAUAUCCUGUGAUCUUGGCAAACUUGUUUAUCCUAGUAGUUUUUUCAGUGAAUUCCUUAGGAUUUUCUGAAAGACUCAUUAUCGUUUGUGAAUAAAGAGUUUUACUUAA